AUGAAGAGAAGAUUGAACUCCAAUAUAUCCAAAGCUGGUACAUGUGAACUGACAUGGUCCGCUGAAGGUGUGUAUGAGGUAACUGAUAAUGCAAAACAGAAGAGUUAUAUUGUUAUGCUUGGGAAGAUGACUUGUUGUUGUAGGGAAUGGCAGGUGAGAAGAGUUCCUUGUAUGCAUGCAUGUGCAGCCAUUACUACCACAAGGGUAGAUAUAGAGAAGUUAUGUUCAUAUUUCUACAACAAGGAUACAUAUACAAAGACUUACGCUUCUUUCAUCCACCCCAUGCACCACGCAAGUAUGUGGACUGAGGUUGACAAACCUGAAUUGGAUCAACCAGAGUUCAAAAGCUGUGGCAGACCAAGAGUGUCAAAGAAGAAGGAGGAUGGUGAAGCAGAAGCAAGGAAAAUGUCAACUGUUGUGCAGUGCAGUGUAUGUGGACAUUUUGGACACAACAAUAGGGGAUGUCAAAAGGCUCCUACUACAAAAGAGGCAAGAGCAGCAACAGUAGGCCCAUCAUCAUCAUCAGUAACAGUUGCUGAAUGUUCAAAAGUGGAACAUUCUGUUGGACCUAAAAUUGAACUUUCUGGACUGUUGUUGGUGGAGGGUUCUGCACCUUAA